CCAACCUGCCUCGCCGGCCGCCUGUACGAUCCAUUUUCUGAAUUUCUAUCUACCGACGCAUCUGAACAAGACUGAUUGUUCAGACAAUAAGAGAUGACUCUGUACAUGCCCUUAUUCAGGUCCUGUGCUACCUUAAGAUCACUCACACAACUCCACGCCCACCUAUUCGUCUCUGGUCUCCAUGGUGACCCACAAGCCUCUACUAAGCUCAUUGAGUCAUAUGCCCAAAUGGGUGUCCUUCAGUCGUCCAGACUCGUCUUUGAAACCUUCUCAGAACCAGAUUCCUUCAUGUGGGGUGUCCUUAUCAAAACCCAUGUUUGGAACCAAUGCUUUCAGGAAGCCAUUUCCCUAUACGAUGGAAUGAUUCUUAACCAAUCUCAGAUUAGUAGCUAUAUAUUCCCAUCAGUUUUGAGAGCUUGUUCAGGAUUUCGUGAUCUGAGUAAUGGUAGCAGAGUACAUGGGAGGAUAAUCAAAAGUGGAUUUGAACAUGAUGCUGUGAUUGAAACCUCACUCCUUUCUAUGUAUGGGGAACUUGACUUCUUAGAUGAUGCUAGGAAGAUAUUCGAUGAAAUGCCUAUUAGAGAUAUGGUUUCAUGGAGUUCGAUUAUUUCGAGCUAUGUUGAGAGGGGAGAGGUAAUAGAAGGGUUGGACGUGUUUCGUUUGAUGGUCUCUGAAAAUGUUGAACUGGAUCAUGUUACAAUGCUUAGUGUAGCUGAGGCAUGUGCUGAAUUGGGUAUUUUGAGGCAAGCGAGGUCUGUUCAUGGUCAUAUAGUUAGGAGGAAGAUUGAAAUUGAUGGCUUGGUGGAUAGUUCUUUAAUUGUAAUGUAUAGUAAGUGUGGUGACUUUUCUAGUGCAAAGAAGAUAUUUUUACGGGUUUCUAACAGGAGUGUUACAUUGCGUACGGCAAUGAUUUCAAGCUGCAACCGAAGUGGCUGCUUUGAAGAAGCACUGGAACUUUUUGCUGAGAUGCUCGAGUCUAAAGUACAACCCAAUUUUGUGACUCUGAUGAGCGUUUUAGGUUCUUGCGCUGGAUUAGGCAGGCUGAAAGAAGGCAAAUCAAUUCAUGGUUAUAUGAUUAGAAAUUGUGUGAACUCUGGUUAUGACUUUUUAGGGCCAGCGUUGAUAGAUUUUUAUGCUCAAUGUGGAAAACUGACUAAUUCUAAGAAGGUUUUAUAUGCUACUGGACAGAGAAACAUUGUGGCAUGGAAUAUGCUCAUAUCAAGUUAUGUUCAGAGUGGUUUUUUGAAGGAAGCAUUAUUACUCUUGGUGGGGAUGUUAGCACAGGGAUUGAUGCCAGACUCAUUUAGCCUAGCAAGUUCUCUCUCAGCUUGUGGAGAUGGGGGUCUGUUGCAGCCUGGACUUCUAAUUCAUAGUCAUAUCACUAAAAGAGGCUUUUGGAAUGAGUUUGUCCAGAACGCACUGAUUGACAUGUAUUCCAAGUGCGGAUCAGUUAAUUUAGCAUAUUUGAUAUUUGAAAAUAUUCAACACAAAAGUGUUGUCGCGUGGAAUUCGAUGAUUUGUGGUUUCUCUCAAAACGGUAAUUCCUUAGAGGCUAUUUGUUUCUUUGAUCAGAUGUACUUAAACUGUCUUGAGAUGAAUGAAGUUUCCUUCUUAAGCGUAAUUCAAGCUUGCGCUGAUUCGGGCUAUCUUGAAAAGGGAAAGUGGCUUCACCACAAACUAAUCACCUAUGGAGUUAGAAACACCAUUUAUAUUGAUACAGCUCUGACUGACUUGUAUUCCAAGUGUGGAGACCUUCAAACAGCACGAAGAGUUUUUGAUAGCAUGCCGGAAAGAAGUGUGGUGUCAUGGAGUGUAAUGAUUGCAGGAUAUGGAAUACACGGUCAAAUUACUUCUGCCAUUUCACUCUUCAUUAAAAUGCUAGAGGCGGGGGCCACGCCAAAUGAUGUUACCUUCAUGAACAUUUUAACAGCGUGUAGUCAUGCAGGCUAUGUCUUAGAGGGCAAGUAUUAUUUUGGUUUCAUGAGAGAGUUCGGAAUUGAGCCCAACUCAGAGCACUUGGCUUGUCUGGUUGACCUCCUCAGUCGAGCAGGUGAUCUUGAUGAAGCAUAUAGAAUUAUCAAUUCAAUGCCUUACCCUGCCGAUGCUAGUAUUUGGGGUGCUUUACUUAAUGGAUGUCGCAUUCACCAGAGAAUGGACAUGAUACAAAUCAUUGAAAGAGAACUCCUCAAUAUUAGUACAAAUGAUACCGGAUACUACACACUGCUAUCAAAUAUAUAUGCAGAAGGAGGCAACUGGAGUGAAUUUCGAAGGGUGAGGUCAGUUAUGAAAAGUACAGGUCUCAAGAAGGUACCUGGAUACAGCACUAUUGAACUCGAUAAGAGAAUUUACUGGUUUGGAGCCGGAGAUUCAUCAUAUUUGCUUGCAAAUGAAAUUUACUUCUUUUUGGAAUGUUUUAGUAGUUUGGCUGGGGAAGAGUUUUAUAAUGUAAAAAGUGAUGUCUCAGUGUCCAAUGCCUGUAAUAGUGAAGAACCGGUGAUUGCUUAUGGAUUAAUCAAUGCAAAUGCAAGGACAGAGGAAAAGAAUUCAAGUAAACCUUACUUUUCGUAGCAAUUAUUGUGCUUGCAUUUACUAAAUUUUCUUUCUUGUGAUUA